GGGAAGUUAUUUGUUGGUGGACUGGCACUAGAAAUAACUGAAGAAAGAUUAGAGAAAGCUUUUGGAAAAUACGGACGCAUUACAGAAGCUAUCAUAAUCAGGGACAAGGUCCACCACCAGUCGAGAGGGUUUGGUUUUGUGACGUAUGAAAAUCCUCAGGAUUCAUUUGAUGCUUUAAAAGGACUGGAU